GGAUUAUAUUUUUAAUUUGUUGAUAUAGCUAUGUAAUUAAUUGAUUAUUUAGCCAUUCAAUAGAUCUUCUUUAAAGAAAUGUUAUUUUGUCAUGUUUUAUUAUGUUUUGUUGUAUUAAGUGUUCACAGAUCCAAUGUAUGCAAUUUAAAUUGAAUAUAAAAAAAAUAUUCUAAAAAGAAUAUACUUUAUUAUAAAUAAACUUUGGUAUGCCUAUAUCUUAAGAAUAAGUUUAUAUUAUUUUUUUUAUUUUUGAUAUGGCAAAAUAUAUACAAAGAUUAGGAUUAUAUAAUUAAGUUUAAAAGAGGAAUUAAUGUUCAGUGGUGUAUAGCUUAUGUAUCGGGUGAUGCUUCGCCGAGCGGAACAUAGAAAAACCCUUUUUUUGUUGUACAAUUUUUAAGUAGGUGAAUAUUGGCUCCGCGGGACACUUUACAGAAUUUUUUUUUUGUAAAGGGUACAGAAGCAAUAUUCAACCAAAUAAAAAUUUACACGGAAUAUAUUAUUUUCGUUAGCAGAUUCAGCUAAUGACUUCAAGGGCUCACACCUGGAACAGGAGCAUGAAUCUAAAUCAGAGUUCAAAUAAAUUCAUUUACCUUUUAGCGAAGAAGUAUUACAAGAGUUACAUUCAAAUACUUGGCCACAGCCCUCUACCAGUAAUGCUAGUGAAUUGGAUGAUAAGAUUUCUUCUAAUGCUUUAGGUUUGGUCUCUGCAAACACUUCAACAAGCGCGCCCAUAAUAGAACUAAAUAUUUGUAUUAAUCAACUUGAUAUUGAGUUAAGACCGCAAGUGGCAAACCUUGAGCCUUUCCCAUCUGCGGCUGGAGGUGAAGACUUCGACGACAUUCAGAAUUCCAUCUCAUCAUCUGAUGAGUAUGAGCCCUCUUCAGAAUCAGAUUCGUCUUCUGAAUCAGAUGACUAAUCUUUUGAAUCUGACCCAGUAGUAGAAAAGUAUUUUGAUGAAAAUGAACCACCAAUCGUUAAUGAGUCCAAAAAAAAUACAGUUUUUAAAAAAAGAAAACGAAAUGAGUCACAAUGGAAACGGAAUAUUUCAAUAUCCAAAAGAAUUAAAGGCGAAUUAUACAUUGGCUUUCGCGGGGUUGAAAAACCACCACGACCUUCGCUACCAGUUCCAUGUUUGGCAAAACCUAAGCACAACUGCAGCAAUUUAGUUACAGAGCAGGACCGCCUUAAUAUGUACUGAGAUUGUCGUAAUGAAAGCACUUCUGACGAUCAAAGGCACUACAUAGCUACAGCGCUACAUAUAGAGCAGAAACCGAAAAAACGCACCACGCGAAACUUGGAAAACUCGCAAAAAGCCUUUACUUGUGUAUAUUCUUUCACAGUCGAUGGAAAAAAAAUUAUCGUAUGUAGAGAAUUUUUUAUGGUAACGUUAAAUGUUACUGAUGCUCUAAUGAGAAGCUCUCUUCAAAAGCAAACCAGUAGAGGAGUUUUGGAAAAAGACAGGCGGGGAAAGCAUACGCUUCACAUAAAUUAUCUGCUGAGGUUGAUGCGUUCAUAAGAGAACAUUUUGUUAUUACCGUCCGUAGAAUCACACUACUGCCGCAAGGGCAACGACCGAAGAUACUUGGAAGGCUCUCUAAACAUUUCUGUAAUGUAUAGAAUGUACAAAGAUGUCUGUAGAGUUAAAAAUGUAAAGACUGUUACCCUAGAAAAAUAUCGGUCUAUUUUUAGGGAAAAUAAAUUAAGUUUCUUUGUUCCUAAAAAAGAUCAAUGCAAGACAUGUCUUGCACAAAAAAAUAUAUCUGAAGAGGACAAAAAUGAAAAAGAAGCAACAUUUAAAAGACAUUUGGAAAAAAAAGAAGCAGCUAGAAAGGUUCGAGAUGAUGAUAAAGCUACAGCAAAAGAAAAUCCCCACAUUUUAGCAUUUAAUUUUGAUCUUCAGGCCGUUUUGACUACUCCAAAAGGCUCUGCUGGACAAAUAUUCUACUUGAGAAAAUUGGCGGUGUACAACCUAAAUAUUUACAACUUGGCCAAUCAGGAUGUAAGAUGUUACGUUUGGGACGAAACACAAGGUAAGAGGGGAGCUAAUGAGAUAGCAUCAUGUAUUAACGAUUUUAUCAUGUCCCAUAAUGGGAUAUCAGCUGUUCGAAUGAUGUCUGACAGCUGCGGAGGGCAACAAAAGAACAGUAUUUUUGCAGCUAUGUGUCUCCAACUUUGCGCUAACCACCCAACUUUAUUAACAGUGGAUCAUCAAUUCUUCGAAACUGGCCACACAGAAAUGGAGUGCGACUCUAUUCAGUCUAAAAUCGAGAGGAAGGCGAAACACGUUCCAGUCUAUACACCUGACUGUUGGGCGCAAGUUAUUCGUGACUCGCGCAUAUCUCCACAGCCAUUUGUUGUCAAGAAUUUUAUGUUUGAUGACUUUUUAGAUUUCAAAACAUUUUCUGUAGACUCUUAUUAUUUUAGUAAGAUUCCCUGGAGAAAUGUAUGCUUUCUUCACUAUGAGAAAGGUGAGCCCUCAAAAAUAUCUUACAGGACCAACUUUGCUGAAGAGUAUAAACAUGUAGAUUGUUGUAAGCCGAUAGGAAAUCGAGGACGUCCGAAGCAAAGUUUAUUGCACAGAGCCUACCAAGAGAUCUACCCAUAAGGGUGGCCAAAUAUAAAGGCCUAGAAAAAAUGUGUAAGGAUUAUACAAUACCCAAAAUACAUCAUGGUUUUUAUAACUCUUUAAAAUCAAGUAAGGAUGUUCGUGAUAAUUUACCAGCACCGGAUCAAGGAGAAAGUGAUGUUACGGAUUCGGAAUAAAACAUAAAAGCGAGCUGAGGCUUUGAAUUUUGAGUAAUAUUAUUAUUUUUGUUUUUAAGUUACGUUGUUUUAUAAAAAAACUACCUUUGGUUUCAUAUUUAAGAUAUUUUGUCAGUACGUAGUAAUUUAAAUUCGUUAAAUAAAGAAUAUUUUGCAUA